GCUCCAUCCAGCAUCAUCACCAUUCCUCGCCAUCCUCCUCCUCCUCCUCCUCCUCCUCAUCAUCAUCAUCAGCUUCAUCGUCGGUGUUGUGUCGAGAGCGGAUCGUCGCCUUUUAGCAGCAAGUGGCUUGUUUUCAGCAGGCCCGCAGUCAUGACUAAAGAGGAGAACCUGGAGAUGGAGGAGAAGGGGAGGCACGACCGCGAGGAACAGGAGGAGGGGCGGCACGACCGCAGAGACGAGGAGGACGAGGAGGAGGAGCUGACGGAGGAAGAGGAGGAGGAGCGGGAUGCGGAAGACGAGGAGGACGAGGAGAGGGCGGGAGACGAAGACGAGCGCGACGAGGAGGAGGAGGGAGGACGACGUCGGGAGCGGCAGGCGGCGGGCCCGGAAGGCGACGCCGCCGAGGGCGAGCCGCCGUCCGUGUCCGCGCUCCCGAGUCCGGUCCGCGAGACCCGACGUCGAGCCGUGGUGCACCCCUCGGCGCAGGCGCCGCUCCCCAAAGACUACGCCUUCACCUUCUUCGACCCCAACGAUCCGGCUUGCGCCGAGAUCCUCACCGACCCCCGGACCACCGUCCCGGAGCUGUUCGCCAUCGUGCGUCAGUGGGUUCCCCAGGUGCAGCACAAGAUCGACGUCAUCGGCGACGAGAUUCUGAAACGCGGUUGCCACGUGAACGACCGCGACGGCUUGACGGACAUGACGCUUCUUCACUACAGCUGCAAGGCGGGCGCCCACGGCGUAGGAGACCCGGCGGCGGCGCUGCGUCUGACCAGCCAGCUGAUUUCUCUGGGCGCGGACGUCAGCUUGAGGAGUCGCUGGACUAACAUGAACGCUCUGCACUACGCCGCCUACUUUGACGUGCCAGAACUGGUCCGAGUCCUGCUGAAGGCCGCCAAGCCCAGAGUCCUGAACUCCACGUGCAGCGACUUCUGCUACGGAACAGCUCUGCACAUCGCCGCCUCCAACCUGUGCCUGGGCGCCGUCAAGUGUCUGCUGGAGCACGGCGCCAACCCCACCGUCCGGAACGAGAACGGGCAGGUCCCGGGCGAAGUGGUCCCCGACCCGAUGGACAUGAGCCUGGACAAGGCCGAGGCGGCCAUGGCGGCCAAAGAGCUGAAGCGGCUCCUUCUGGACGCCGUCCCGCUGAGCUGCAACCUUCCCAGGGCCACGCUGCCAAACUACGACAACAUUCCCGGAAACCUGAUGCUGUCCUCGCUGGGGAUGAAGCUGGGCGACCGUGUGGUCCUGGACGACAUGAAGAAGACCGGGACAGUGAGGUUCUGCGGUACCACAGAGUUCGCCAGCGGGCAGUGGGUCGGCGUGGAGCUGGACGAGGCCGAGGGAAAGAAUGACGGCAGCGUCGGCGGCGUUCGCUACUUCAUCUGCCCGCCCAAACUGGGGAUCUUUGCGCCAGUGUCAAAGAUCUCCAAGUCGGUGGAGCAGACCGUCUCCUCUGUCACCUCCACCCCCAGGACUCCUCGCAUGGACCUUGCCUCGCGCCUUGCCGGGAAGAAUAAGAAAGAGAAGGAAAAGAAGGACAAAGGCCUGAAGAAGAAGUCGUCAGUUGUCAGUCUGGACCCAGAAGGACACAACGUUGAGGUCGGCGAUCAGGUCUUGGUGGCCGGGCAGAAGAAUGGCAUCGUGCGCUUCUAUGGAAAAACAGACUUCGCUCCAGGUUUGUGGUUCGGUGUGGAACUGGACCAGCCCACUGGCAAACACGAUGGCUCCGUGUUCGGGGUCCGCUACUUCAGCUGCCUCCCCAAGUACGGUGUAUUUGCCCCGCCAUCCCGGGUCCAGAGGAUUGGAGGACCUAAAGAGGGCUCGCAGAACGAGCAGAACUCCAUGGUGAAGAAAGUCCACCAGGUCACCAUGUCUCAGCCCAAGCGUAACUUCAACGCAGUUCGUUCUCCGAAAGAUCUGACCUCCGAGAGCUCCAUAUCCAGGUUGCUCUUCUGCUGUUGGUUUCCGUGGAUGCUGCGAGCUGAGGUGCAGUCCUAACCACGUCCUUCUCCUCUCCCAGCAAAUCUUCGAGCUACCUAUCGCUGUCCUUGUCAAACCUUGUGGAACUUCCUGUCCCCUGCUCUCAGCUCGCGCUUCUCCUUGGGUGUUUCCUCACACUCUCGCGUUCUUCUCUCUUAGCCGUCGGAAAUCUUUAGUGCCUUGUCUAAAUCUUGAUCAAAUGUUGCGUAAUUAAUCCACACCACCACCACCUCCUCGAUAGUUAGCAUCUCGCCUCCUAGCUGGCUGUUAGCUCUUGCUGCAACCUAACCCUGUUUUGAUUUGAUUGCUCCGGAUACUACAGUGACUUCACUUCCCGAAUUUGGGCUGCUUUUGUUUUCAACAGGUGUCGUUGUCGUUGGCUUUUUUGGUUUUUUUUCUUUUUGCCAUCUCACAAAGCUGCAACGUUAAUCGCGAGCUUACUUCUCUUCUUUUGCGACGUGAAAGCGAAGACGAACGCUUUUGCUCCCGGAUCACUUUUGUUUGAGAACAAGACGGUCCCACUUUUGGCUCACUCUGGCAGCUCCGCGAACUCCGUCCGUCCUUUGGAUCGCCAAAGUUCAGCACGGAAACACGAAGAGCGGCUGGAUCUUGAACGAACUACUUAGACCGGACUACGGUCGGCUUUCUUGAAAUCUAGUUUUUUCACCGACCUGCUAACCAAAACUCCAAAGCGAAAACUAGAAAAGCGUUUUGAAGCCUUUGUGUUGCUGCCUUUCUUUGUAAGCGCUUAAAAUCUUUUGCUCGGCUCAGGAUAGUGCCAACCUUUCUCCAAGAGAGGCUUCUGGUAGACGCCUUCAGGUCUGCGGCCUUACGAAUAUGAUCAACAAAGUCGCAGUUACUUGAUCGAAAAUGUCAUUUGAGGACGGAUUUGCGCUCGUUUGGGCCAUUUGGGAAAAGUCCCGGAAGAACUUCACGGAGAAGCUGCUCUUGACUGAUUCUGCGUCCGAUUGGAAGUCAACAUGAUCGAGCGUCGUCUGCUUUGGCCACCGGGCGCCACCGGCGAGUCGCUGGUUUGUCGUCACUUUGAUAUCGUUACACAUCCGGCGUAUAUAAAUACUGGAAGAGUGUAGAUAUUGUUUUAUUAGCUCACCAAGUGUACUUUUGCUUUUGUUCUUUCCAUCCGUUUCUCUGGUUUACUGCAUGCUGUGUACUAUAACUGCGAAUCUCCUCAUCCUCGCUUGUCGCCACGAGCAUGAAAACGCAUCCGACAGUUGUUGUCAUUCUGUUCAAAUAAAGGAUUUGAUGUUGGCCUUUUUUUCAAUUCCUUUUGACUUGUUUUUGUUUGCGAUUUCGGCGCCGUCGUGCGGGACGGCGCCACAAUUCGGCCCGCGGUGACCGACAAAUAUUUGCGUGAUGGACGCCGAUGCCGAUGCCGCAGAAAAUACAAUCCCUCCGGGGACGGGAAUAAAAAAAGGAUGCGAGUAAAGAUGUGCCACAAGGAUUUGAAUGAAAAAUGCCACAGAAAAUUUGAUGUAUUUUUGUAUACAUAUUUUGACUACAUUUUCAAAUUCACAUUAUUUCAAAGUGAUCACAUUUUCAUUUUCCUGAGAUUCGACUGGCUAAAAUUUGCCGUCUGAAAUUCAACGUUCAGAUUCCGUGUAAAAAAAAAAAAAAAAAAAAAAAGGUACGAGGUUAUUUCAGGUCACAGCAAAAGGACAUCAGAACCCAACACCCGGCCGGCCGAUCCGCUUGCACUUUCUUCGUCACGUGACGUCACAAACUAGCUCGCUAGCACUUGUGGGGGGAGACGAUUGAGCAAUUUCUGAUUGUGUUACGUCGCAUCUUAAAGUCGUAGUUUGGUCCUCAACUAUCUUCUUCUUUUCCUUUGGGCUUGUCCCGUUGGGGGUGGCCACAGCGUGUCAUCAUUUUCCACCCAAGCCCAUCUGGCGCAUCUUCCACCGUCCUCGCGUCCCUCCACCUUUUCUCGCUCUCUCUUCCCCGGUAGCUCCGUCCUUCCCACCCUCCGACCAAUUUGCUCUCUCUCUCUCUCGCCUCCGGACAUGUCCAAAACCUCCAACUUUGGCUGUCCCUCCCUCUCGUGAGCUCAUUUCCAGUCCCAUGCAACCCGCUCACUCCGAGCGAGAACCUCAGCAUCUUCAAUUGUUCUGCUUCCGGUUGUCUUCAGCGCCAGCCACCGUCUCGUCUCACCAGUGUUUUAGAAACUUCUGCCUUCAUCCUAGCGUGGACUCUUGUGUCACCUUCCGCCAAUGGUUCCAACCCGCUUGCGCUUGGACCCGUUCCAUUGGUGUGUACUGUAUUUGAAGUGGUCCACCCUCGCCAUCUCUCCUCCCCGGAGCUUCACUCUUCCUCCUCCGCCCCUCACAUUCAUGCACGUUCAUUCUGUUUUACUUUGGUUUUGUCCUCGACUGUAAGAAAUGUAAUUCAGCGCACGAGUGGAACGACUCUUGUCACUUGUGUGCCUCGUCGUCUCAUCAUUUUGCUCGGGUUUAGUUUCAGUCGGUGUUGGAUUUUUGUCGUCGCGAGUCAUAUCGUGUUAAGUGUUUUGUUUCACGACGGGGUUUUUUUUUUUUUUUUUGACUUUGCGUCUUGGUUGUUUUGUGGGGACUUUGUUACUGGAAUUUUGUAUUUUUUACAUGUUUCCACACGCCUUUUAGUUUUGGAUUCUUUCUCCACCCCCACCACUUCAUUCUGCAUUGACUUCCAUCUUGCCGAUGCACGAGUCCUCCGCCAAAUGUUGACAUUCAGCUAUUUUUCCAACUGGCAUUUGAGGCCACAGAAGAACAAAGAAGGACAAUCCUUAAGGUACAAUUACGUU